AUGGUGGGGAAAAAGGGAAAGGGAAAGAAGGCGACGCUGGCCAAGGCAAAGGCUGAGGAGCAGCGUCUCAUUCAGCUGCGUGCCUUGGAGGCAGAAGCGGAGGAGUUUCAGCGGUUCGAGAAUGAGCGUCGCCAGCACGAUGAGCAAGAGGAGCGCAUUGCGUUUCUGCGCGAUGAGCAGCUUCGAAUAAUGCUUGAAAAGGACCGUCGUAUUGAAGAUGUCAUGCAGCAGCUCACCCGUGUGACAGCGGCGAUGCAGGACGACAAGACAGGUUAUGAGACUCAAAUCCAUGAACUGAGCAUGCUGCGCGAUGCGCUUCUAAAUGAGGAAAGCCUCUUAAAGGUGGAGAUGGAGGAGCUGCAUGAAAUUCUGCAACAGGAGCGCGUGAGUAACGCAACGUACGUGCAGCAACUACGCGACACGUUGGAGUCGGAGCGCAGUUUGCAUCAGGAGGAAAAGAAGAACCUCCGGUCUCAAGUGUGCGAGGCAACGGCUUCCAUGGAGCACACCAAGCGGCAACUGCAGCUCUCUUGCGAGUCUCAUGAGUCAGUGGUGCACGAGUUCAAGGUAAAGGUGCGCGACCUGGAGAGGGAGCUUGAAAAGGCGCUCACGAUGAACAAGGCGCUACAGGAUGCCGUGGAAGGACGGGAGAUCGAGGACCGCAAGAACGUGACGCUGCUGCAGCUGUUGAAUGCGCAGCUGGAAUCAGACAAACGGCGGUAUGAGGCGGACCUCUGCGAGGAGCGCGACCGUACAACCCAUGCUCGUGGGGAAGCGAGCCACCUUGAGGCGAAACUAAGGGAAACCCAGCGUGAACUGGACAUCGUCAGAGAGGAAGCGCGGAAAGCAAGAGUGUCGUGUGAGGACGAACUGCGUGAAUACAAGCAGCUCACAGAGCAGGUAAAGUUCGAUGCCGAGUAUCUGCACCGUGAGAUGGAAUCAAUGCGUGCCGAGCACGCCGCCGCUGCGGAGAAGAGUGAGGCGGCACAGGCGGCGAUGCAGGCCGAGCUGCAGCAGUGCCAAGUAGAGCUGGAGGCGUCUCAAAAGAAAAACAGCGAGGUGGGGUCGCUGCUGCUGCGGAAGGAACGCGAGCACUUCGACAAGGUCACUUUUCUGAAUGCGCAGGUCGCGAACGGUCGCACUGCUAUUGCGCGGCUGCAGGAAAAAAUGGAGAGGGAACGGACCGCGCACGGGGACGAGCUGCAGCAGCAUAAUGAUACGAUUCAGCAAACCAUGCAAGAGCUGGAGCGAGUCAGCAACGCGGAGAGCGUACAGCUGAGGGAGAGGCACAUGUACGAACAGCGGCUGAUAACGGACAUGGACGGGCUCAAGACCACCAUCAGGGAACUCCGCACACGCGUCAUGGAGCAGGACGAUGCGUACGAGCAGUUACGAGAGCUGAAGGAAAGCGAGAUUGAGCGGCUACGAUGCAUUUUAGACGCGCAUUUCAUCCCAAACCGCCAAGACGUCAAGGUCUCCCGCGCAAGCAGCCGAGCCGACGAGCUCUUUUUGGUGUCAGAGGAGCUUCGGUCAGUAAAGAAGGAGAUGGCGCUGAAGGAGACCGCUGCGAAGGAGACGGAAAGAUGGCUGCGGGCACGCAUUGCCGAGCAAGUGGAGGUAAUUGAUUCCCUCCAGUUGGACCUCAAGCGCACCGAGCUUGGCCGAAACGAGAGCAUCUGUACGCUGAAGGACGAAGUCAGGCGACUACGCAAAACACUUGAAGUUCACAGCAUACCGUGCUCAUAG